UGCAUCAUCCAAUUCCUCGUCUACCUAUGGAAUAGAAAUACGUUGUACACCGGUGGUGGCACGUCCGUUUUCAUGUGUAUGGCUGGCGUCUCAUUCAAGCUACACAUAUAAGUUUUAGAGCCGCGAUUAGCUAUUUAAGUAUAAGCUAUAAAUCGAGAUUUAAAGAAAAGAAUUUUUUAAAUUCGAAUUUAAAAUACUAUUUUUCGUGCGUGUAACGCUUACUCAAUUGGAAAGCUUUGAUAAUCUUUCGAUAUUUUAUGCUAAUAGUUUAGUUAGCUAGUGUAUUUCAAUUGCGGUUGUGUACGCGCUGAGUACAUUGCUCCGCCCGAAACAAAACGAAUCACCACCAUUAUGAACUCUCUGAUGAAUUAUGGAAGUGAUGGCGAGAACAGUAACGAUUCUAAUGACGGGUUGACAAAUGCAGUUAAUAAGUCCAGAGUAAGCGAUGCAAUUUAUGAUCCAGUACCAAUGGACAUGAGUGAGGAAAGCAACAACAACAAUUCUUCAGAUAAUUCAGACAGUGAAAGAAGUCCUCUUAGAUCACUACUAUCAGGUUCCCAUCGAAUGCUUUCUACAAGAAAUACUUCUUCACUUCCAGACCAGAGGCGAAUAGAUCAAGAAGAGCGUUCUUCAAGUUCUCACGAUGAUCAUAAAAACAAUGAUAAAUCAGAUGAGAGUAAAAUAGAUAAGCAUGAAAAAAUUAGUAGACAUAGUUCAGAUAAAAAAGGUGAUGAUAAAAGACGUGGAAAUGAUUAUAAAGAUAAUAAGGAAUCAAAAAGGUAUAAAGACGAUGAUAAAAAAUCUCGAGAUGAUAAAAAAUCUCGGGACAAUGACAGGCGCAAAGAUAAAUCUAACAAAGAAGAUAAAAAUGAUGAUAAAAGUGAAAGAGAUCAUCAUCGUGAUGACCGAAAGGAGAGAGAUAGAAAAGAUGAUAGAGAGAGGCGGAGAGACCGUGAUAGAGAUAGAGACAAAGAUCGAGACAGAGUCAAGGAUAAAAGUCGAGACAAAAGCAGAGAUAGAGAUAGGGAUAGAGAUCGACGACAUUUGAAGGAUGAAAAAUCUCGAGACCGCCACAGAGAUGACAGAAGAUCUCGAGAUAAAGAACGUGUUCGAUCGAGAUCUAGAUCCAGAUCCAGAUCAAGAGAUCGAGCAUCAUCCCACAGACUUUUCAAUUAUCGUGAGGGGAGAAAUAAAACUAAAUUGGCACAAUUAGAAAAAUUAGGUAUAGAAAUAAAAGCUUCGGAAUGCGAUACAAUACAUAAUUCUCAUGAACAAAAUUAUUAUAAUCCAUUGGCAACAGCUACACAAGGAAAAUAUGCUGAACAAAUUCAAAAAAGGAAACUGUUGUGGGCAAACAAGAAACAAGAUGAUAAUAAAACUUCAACUGCAGCUGCAUCUACAGCAAAUACAUGGGUUGGCACAACAUUUACCCAUGAUCAAGACGGUAAAGUGACCGCUAAAUUUAAAAGGUUAAUGGGCAUUAAAGAAGAUAUACCAGCAAAUUUAACAUCCGGGUCAAAGCCUGAUAUCCUUAAAAAACAAGAAGAAAUGUUUAAUAAUAUGGAGCAACAAUAUGAAGUUGCCAGAGCAACAACACAUACACAAAGAGGUGUAGGUUUUGGUUAUGCAAGUGGUAGUUUUUCAUUUCCGCGAUAAAUUCAAAUAUUUUAAAUUAUAUGAAUUGUAUAAACUUUUCAAAUUUAAUUGUACUUGAUGCACUUCAAAAAUAUUUUUUAGACUAAUUUUUGCAUACUUUCUUGGAAAACUGUUAUAAACUGUUCAUUUUUAAUUACAAACCAUGUUAUUAAUAAAUAAAAUGUUGAUG